CUUAAAUUUUGAUUAUAAGACCGAAGUUCCAAGAGCGGAAAUCAAUCUAGGGAAUGUCAUAAGGGAAGAACCAGGCACCUUAUGAUAAUCCUUAGAUUAAUUAACGAUGCCGGACUUUUUAUGCUUCUCAAGACCAUAAAAUGUAAUGUGCCUUCUUAUUGGUUUUAUCAACAAAAUUGCCUUUCAGCGAUGAAUGUUUUAAGUGCUCUGAAGACAAAGAAGCUGAACCUGCAGAACACCUGCACUUCCUACUACGACUUCUUGACCUGUGGCAACAACUGUCUGGAUUCGUUGAGUUGCUCCACUCUGCAUUCGGAUCCUCCUGCCCAGCAAAAGUUGGAGAGGCCUCCACGCAUAACCAGGCGUGGAUUGAAGUACUUCGAUGUGGAGGACAGGGCGGCAGAGUGGUAUCUUCAUACCCGAAGAUCCACAGUCGAGCGGAAGCCGGGCAAACGGAAGUUCUGCUUCAGAUUUCAGGUGCCCAUAAGGCAUGCCCUGCGGCUGAAGGACAAAGCGGCUUCUUAUGUCCUUCCAGGACGAAGGGUCUCACCUGAAUUCCUGGGCCUGCUCAAGCAGCACCACGCCAGGAUGCAGCUGCAGCGUAAGUACCGGUUGUGUAGGCCAAACUUCGCCUAUUACAAGUACGAUGCGGCGGCCAAGAGACGGCACAUGCGUCCGGGCAUCGAUACGGCGGCUCCUCUGGAGUUCCCCUGCACCAAUGUGGCUUGCUUCCGUCACCGAGAGCGACCCAUCUGCCCUUGUCCUCGAAAGCUGGAUACUCCUGCUCCUACAGAGAAGAUCAGAGUUCCCAAAAGCAAGCCAUCUAGGUUGAGCUUUAAACUGUUUGCCAAAUACCAAGGUAGUUCGGUCAAAAAAGAAAGUAAUCAAAAGGAUUUAGGGAAGAAAGAUAACCAUAAGACUAGGAAAGCUGAUUCAAAGAAUGAGAAUAAGAUGCAGUCAAAGGAAAGUCAUUUGGAAGGGAAUACCCUACAUCGAAUUUAUGUCAGUAAUCCAUUGUUAGUUCCUCAGCCGAUAAGCCAGCAACCUUCUAACCAGCCACCUGUUGCCAGAUCCCAGAACAGUUUGGAGCCUAGUUGUCGAUCCAAACCCAUGAUAUCCAGAUCCCAGGGAAGUUUAAAGCCCAGUGAAAAAAUAAUCGACUGUCCUUGUCCCAUUGUUAAUCCUAAAUGGAUUCCAAAGUCCUGCAAUAUUCAAAUUUGUCCCAGUAAAAAGGCUCGAUUGAGAAAGAGCCGAGAUCCUCGCUUCAUCGAAUACGAAAAUCGUCCUUUCUUUAAAGCCAUUCAGGGAACUAGUUAUGUAAGUGGUGCCCUUAAAAGUAACAAAAACCCCAGGAGCGGUAGUCAAACUAGAUCAACCAGGGAUAAUAGGAAAUGUUCUAUUAUAUCCAGAAAAGAGUGCUCGAACAUUUACCCAGAUCAAGAUCAUUCAAAAGUUCAGGCAAAUACUGAGGUACCACCUGAUCCAGAUUCAGAGCAUGCCUUCUACGCCUCCAUCUCCAAUCAUUGGCAACUAAGUGUGGAACGCUCUCAUCAACCUGGCCUUAAAGAUAAGUAUGACAUAGAAAAUCCCCAGGGAGUAAGCACUGGAUACAAAGGUUUCGUACACCACUCCGAAAAACAGAAAAUAAUUGAUCAGUGCGGAGGUCCGAUCCCUAAAUGCAAAAGAAAGAAGCCACCACCGUAUUGUUAUCUGUGGUCAGCCGUCGAUCCGGACAUUCGGGGGGCGGAGAAGCGGCGUCUGGCGGAGCACAAGUCUUGCCAACGGCAAAUGUUUCCGGACAGUAGGCCAUACUCCUACUACUGGUCCAAAACGAAUCCAGAUGUAAGAGGGCAGGUGAAACGCAGAUUGAGGGAGACUGAUAGUCAACGCACUUAUGGCUUGCCACAAACUCAAUUAUAUAUAGAUUCUAAUGAGGAAGCUUGUACGUGCAGCAGAUCCACAAUUACUCAGUCCGUUGGUAAAAUCAGCUCCGAUUUUGAAGAGCCUUGCAAUUCUUUAUCCAUUUGGAAUGCUUCGAAUCGAAAGGAGGCCAAAGGUGGUUCCGUUUUUUGGGAGGACGAUGACAUUCCCACCAAAAAAAGAAAGCUCAAGUGGUCGGGAACCCUUUCUAGAAAGCUAACAACAGAUUCAGAUGGUCACAUGCCAAAGAAGCCAAGCCUGCUGCCCCGACUACACGCCUUUGCCAAGCGAUUCUUUUGGUCCAGCUUUAAAGAUCUUCAGUUUAAAUCCAAUCAAUCAGGGAGUGAAGAACCAAGGCAUUCUCCCAGAUCCAGAGAUUCCAGUGCAGAUGGUCAUAGAAAAAGGGAAGGAUCCUUUAAGCAAGAGCCUCGAAGUAUAAUUUGUAAAGAAACAAAGCCUUCUGUCAACAAAGGAAUAACCUUCAGAGAACAACCUAGAAUACAGGAUAUACGAGGACCAAGAGAUCUUAGGCUAUGGACAAAACAGAGUUGGAGUAAUGAAUCCAGUCCAAGACGACUCAACAAAUCACCGCUUUCCUCCGCAUCCGAAAGACAAAGAUACAGUGAGGAACCAUCUUAUUCAAGGAGAGCACCAAAAGUCAGAAGGACCCAACAUAAACAGAUCAGAACUGAGUCCUAUGGCAGCUGCAAGUGGAACAACACGUCAAGUGACCAUUGUUUACUCACCCAUCAACCGCAGCAGUAUUCCUGUCGAGCUCCUCAGCCGCUGGUAUCUCGUGCCCAGCGGGAGUGGGAGGAACGACGUGAACGAAAAAGGGCCAGAAGUCACAGAGACAAAUGCAGGUACUGCACUGAUUACUUACUUACCUCACGCCAGACUGAGCCACAAAACAAGGACAUACGUCAGGGAAUUGUCACAUAUCGCAACAAGGAGUUCUCUAUUAAACUCAGUGAUCCAUGUUUGAUUGAACCAAGGAGCACAGAACACUGUCCCUUGAGAUCUAGAAAUCGUCGACAUCAGGCUGAAAGUUGCGAUAAUUCCGAUGGCUCUAGUUACACCAAAUGCCCUUCAAGAUCCGGAAGAAUGCGUGGAGGAAUAGAUUUCCGUGAGAAUGCCUUCUCUCCACGAAGGCAUCGCUACUCAGCGCACAGCUUUCCAACCUACUUGUCUUCCAAACUGCAUGGCAAUCAGCGAUUGCAUCAUCAAAAUCCAUCGAAGACGCCUAUGCACUUAUUUUGUUUUGAUUAGGAGACGGUCAGUGGAGCAU